UGAUGGAGGUUUCAGGGUCAUGGGGGAGAGUCUGUAGAACCUUUUCCGCUGGCGCCCUCGGUCUUUGGCUCUUUGAGUAAGUCCGGGUUGGUGUUUCUGUGGCCGUGCCUUCGGGUCCCUGUAUCUCAUCCGUUGGUGUGGCCCUGAUGGUGCGGCAGGCCCCGGACUCCUAAAGCUCUGGGACGAAUUUAAGAAGAUUUCGUUCAUGUGUAUGGCAUAGGAGAUGAAUUCUUCUUCCUCCACCAUGAAUGAAGAACCCGAUGCUCUAUCAGUAGUUAACCAGCUGCGGGAUCUAGCUGCAGAUCCAUUAAAUAGAAGAGCCAUUGUCCAGGACCAGGGAUGCCUGCCUGGCCUUAUUUUAUUUAUGGACCAUCCCAACCCCCCUGUUGUCCACUCGGCUUUGCUCGCUCUUCGAUACUUGGCGGAAUGCCGUGCUAACAGAGAAAAGAUGCAGGGAGAACUUGGUAUGAUGUUAAGUUUGCAAAACGUUAUACAGAAGACUACAACUCCAGGAGAAACAAAACUGCUGGCCUCUGAAAUCUAUGACAUUCUUCAAUCUUCCAAUAUGGCAGAUAGUGAUAGUUUCAAUGAAAUGAACUCACGUCGAAGGAAAGCUCAGUUUUUUCUGGGGACUACAAACAAACGUGCCAAAACAGUGGUUUUGCAUAUAGAUGGUCUUGAUGAUACGUCUCGGAGAAAUCUCUGUGAAGAGGCUUUGUUAAAAAUUAAAGGUGUUAUUAGCUUCACUUUUCAAAUGGCUGUUCAAAGAUGUGUGGUACGAAUCCGUUCAGAUUUGAAAGCAGAGGCUUUGGCGUCAGCAAUAGCAUCAACCAAGGUUAUGAAGGCUCAGCAAGUUGUGAAAAGUGAAAGUGGAGAAGAGAUGCUGGUCCCAUUCCAGGAUAUGGCCGUGGAAGUAGAACAGAACACAGAGCUGCCUGACUACCUGCCUGAGGAUGAGAGCCCCACGAAGGAGCAGGACAAGGCCGUGUCCCGGGUCGGCUCCCACCCAGAGGGUGGGGCUAGCUGGCUGAGCACAGCUGCAAACUUUUUAUCCAGAUCGUUUUACUGGUGACUUCACUUUGGGGUGCGAGGACUGUGUGAAUGAACAAGGGGCCAGUUUUCCAUUGUUGUGGUGAACUGUCAAGUGCAAUUUGCAAUAAGUUAUCAUGAAAAGUUUUUAGAUUACAUGAUUGCGUAUGCUGCAUUUUACAUUUUAUUGGACAUUUUGCCCCACUAAGUGGUAAAAAUGACAGGCUACAGGUGGAGUUGCUUUGUUUAUGAAGGUAUUUUGGUUUUGUUUUCCUUUGUUUAAUUGCCUCACUUUUAAAAAACAUGGGUCCACAAUUAAACCAAACAUAAGUAUGUGCAGCUUCACAUUUUAUUUUACAUGAAGCACUUGAUUAGGAAAACUCAUUUUCUCCUGAAGCCUCAGGACCUAUCUGAAGAGAAGUUUUUGUUUUAGCUCAAGUGGUGCAUGAAUUACUGAACAUUUUUAUGUGCUUUUCUUCAUGAAAGAUACUUGCUUUGGUACUCUUUCCUGAGAGUUGAAAACAUUUCUAAUUAUCCCCUUUUGUGCCUUUUUUUUAUUUUGCCAACCAUGUAUAUGGAAAGGUCAUUACUAAUGACAUUUUGUGAAUUAAAAUAUAUUCAUUUGAAUGUAGCAGUCCCCUUAAAAUACAAUCCUACAAAAUCUUUGCAAUCUUAUUUGUUGUCAUUUUAAUAAGAGUAACAUAGAAUCAUUCGAAAAAAGGGAAACAUGUAUGUCAGCAAAGUGCCAGUGAGACUGAACAUGACCAAAUGUAGUUUGACUGCUGUUCUGUUUGGUUUGUACCAGCUCUUGAGAGUUACAUCCACUGUGUAAUGGGAGCAGCUGUUGGUAGGCCUUAUUUUGUGAUUACACACUAUCUCCUGUUAGAAAAGAAAAGAGUAAAGAACUGACAAACUUGAAAAAGAAAAUAAAAAUUGGAUGCCUAUAAUGCCAUAGUGCCAUUUGGUAGAGUCAAACCAUAACACGUGGAUUGCUUGGCAGGUGCCUGUUCAGUAGGUGUUUCCUUGUAUUGCCUUUGUGAAUUUAUUAUGAACUUACAGUCACAUUGAAUGAAAAAAGACUCAAAUUAAUACUUAUAAAGAAACAAAGCCAGCAUUGGUCUAUUUAAUCUUGUUUCUCAUGUCCAGCCAGAAAAAAAGAACUUCAGUGAAGGUAAGAUAAAUAAAUAUAAAUACAUAUACAUAUAUAUUUUUUGUAGAUAAGUGCUAAUUACAUAUAUGUAAUGCUUUAUUGUAUUGCUGAAAUAUUUGGCAACUAAAAUGUUCCUUUCUGAAAUCCAACUAAAUCCAGAUAAAUUUUAAUGCCCAUAUGAUUAAAAACUAAUGGGAAGAAAUUGAAAUUCUUUUUCAUCUACAUGUAGAGCUGCUAUUUUACUACUUGGAGAAUGUGAAGUGAAGAUUGGACCCCGGAGGGUUUUCUUGCAUUUUCAUUGCUUCUCUUUUAGAGAAAAUUAAAAGCAUCCAGUGUUACUGGAGAAAAAAUAUUGUAAAAUGCUUCACCAACAAGAAUCUUGAGUUCAUGAACUUUGUGACCUUCCGGAGGGAGGCACAUUGAGGGUGUUGAGAAUGACAUUUUUUUUCAUGUGUCUGGGCUCUGAUUCAGGUGACACGCACAAAUGAAAAUACAAGCUUUCAGGGCAUGUAUUGCUUUAAAUGCAUAAUACAACUUGCUGCCAGAACCAGACAUGUUGAAAAAAAAAAACAAAACCACCUCCUUUCUAUAGCCAUUAAAACAAAGUUUACUGUUCUGUUUCAACAGGCUUGUGUUUUAUUUUGCAUUGCCACACAUCUGCUUAUUUAAAAAAAAAACGACAUCGCUUUGAUAGCAGUGGUUCGAUACAAGUAGGUAUAAUACCUUGGUGUUUGUGUGUUCUAAUUAUAUGUGUUCUUUUGUUUCCAGGUCUUAGAGCAGUUAAGCCAACUGUUACGGCAUUUUUUGAAUUAUAUUGUAAAAUAAUAAAAGGUAACAAUUAAAAUUGAAUGGACAGUGCAUUUUUGUGCUAUAAGCAUUAUUGGUUACUCUUAAGCCUGUUUGUACCUACACUGCCUGGCACCUUCUCCUAGCUCCCUGUAGGUGCGUUACCCAACUGAUUCGCAUGCAUCUUUUAUUCGUCUUCUUGCCAGCAGUAUACCUGCCUCCCCCUGCCUGCCGGGUUUGGAUCUGCUGUCCCCUUACAUGUACUCAUUGGAGCAUUUUUCAUAUUAGGUUGAAAUUAUAUUUACCAGUGAGUCUCCUCUCCUUAACUCUUUGACAACUGAGAUGGUCUGUGGUUAUACCUGAUUAGUAGCAAGCACUCAAAUAUUUUUUUAGGAGAAUGAAUGAAGAAUUUGUUUUUAAUCACUAAAAAUAAAUAGAAGGUACUAAUUAAUGUGGGCACAUAUGAAAAACGUCAGAAUGCCCCUUUUUUCCUUUUUUAUUUCUGAUUUAUUCAAUUUAUUGUUUUUUCAUUUGGUUUUUAUUUUUUAAAAAGUGGCAGAAGGUCAUAAUGCUUGCUGCAUUGAAUGAAAUUAAGACUUAACAUUUUAACAUUUUUUUACGUAUUUAUCUCGAGAGAGGGGAAGGGAGGGAGAGAAACAUCGAUGUGUGAGAGAAACAUUGGUUGCCUCUUACAUACCCCAGCUGGGGACCCGGCCUACAACUCAGGCAUGUGCUCUGACUGUGAAUCAAACUGGUACUCAAUCCACAGAGCCACACCAGCCAGGGCAAGAUUAAUUUAUAAAUCUUGAUUCUUAUAGAAUUGUUAUAGGAGAAUAUUUUAUAUAUAUAGUAGUGGUUUUGAGUUCCUAUUUUAUAACUUACUAGCUAAUCUUAUGUAAUAAUUUAUCUCUAAGGUUUUUCUUCAUUAGUAAAAUGAAGAUAAUUCCUCUACUUCAUGGGUCAUUAUUAGAAUCCAUCAUGAGUAAUUUGAAAACUAAAAAUUUACGAGUGUAAAAUGGGAUUAUUGUUACUGAAAGUUUGACAUGAUUCUCUCUUUGUCCUUGAUUCUCAAGUGAGACACUGUACCUUUCUAAUCAUACUUUAUCUGACUCCUCGUCUUUUUAUAUCCAGUCAGAGGGACUUUUUGAGGCUUAGUUCUCAACUGUUUGAUUUUUAUCUGAAUGUUGUCCGUUGAAGAAUGGAUCCAUUGUGAGGAUUUCGGUUACGUAACUUCUAAAUCUCCAUUGUACUGUUGUCAUCUUUCAUAGCUCCCUUUCCUUUGCUGUAUGAAAUGUAAAGUCUGAAUUUUUAUUUCUCUUAGAACCAAGCUCAUGGUAGGCAUGCUUAUAUUAAAAACAAACCACUAAU